CCCAUUUUUGCUAAACCAAUUGAAAUUUUUUUACUUCAAAUGAGCGGCGCCGCCCAGCACACAUACACAGCAAAGAAUGGAAAGCUGUCGGUAAUACACGGCGCACGAAUACCUCUGGCACUUCUGCGCCUGCUAUUUGGCGACGCAAACAACAGCAGCAACUCUUAUCACCGGGACUCCGACGACGGUGACGACAGCAGUGCCACCACUACCACUACAAACACCAGCUACACGGACACAUCUUUGAGUCCAAAUCAUUUGUUUAAGAGAGAGUUGGCGCGCUCCAUUUACGCGCUGUCAAUGGACAGCAGUCACUUGGCUGUUGCGCACGACGACCGGUACAUGCUGUUGGAGCGCCCUGAGGACGACGCCCCGAUGAAUUACCGCCUGGUGUCUGUGGGCAGCGACGCUGCGUUUCCAGGAGAGUCAGUUACGGCGCUGUAUUGCAUGAGCGUGUACACACCGCAUGGUCACCAGAAGCAGAGCAGGGGUCAGUCUUUAUGCGUUGUUGUGGGGUAUUCCAGUGGCUACUUGCGCAUAUUCUCUCUCUAUGGGCACUUGCUCACGACUCACCAGUUUCAUCCGCAGGCGUUGAUACGCAUUCGCCUGCGGAUGCCGUCGCAGGCGAACAGUGCCCAGGAAUCCGGUGAAAUGAGAUACAUGACGAGUAACAGCAGUGGGAGCGGCAACAGCGUCAAUAAUCAUGGUGUGAGCUCAGCUGUUGAUGACGCCGAAGAAGUGUGUUUGACAUAUACCGACGGGACAAUGGUGAGCAUUGAUGGCAAGUCACUUUACUUGGCGCUCCGGCUAUGCUUGAACGAAGCAUCGUCAGCAGAGUCUGACGAGCCGAUGUUCCAGUACAAGAAAUGGGCGUUUGAUUUGAACACACCAUUGGUUUCUGAUGCAGUCAGCUACGGGCCAUCAGCACAUAGAGACCCGCUGGCGUCGCUGGCCAAAGCAACAAUGACAUCGAGUCCAUUGCUUUCAGAUGCCACAGCGCGCUUUCUCGUUGCUCCGCAGCAUGGCGAUGCGGCAUUUGGGGUUUUCAUGACCAACGAGGACGCAGCAAUGUCGUUUUCUGCAGUCGAUAUUGCCGGCAAGAUGGCGGCCAGAGUCACCGGCGCAGUGCUCAGCAUUGCAAAGUCGUAUUUUUGGCGGUCCAGCUCACAGCCGUCAUCGAGGACCCCGGACUCGACCAGUCAUGGAGCAGCAGGCACAAGCGAUCCGGGCACCCUAGUACCGUGUGCAUUUGCUGUGCGCGACAGCCCGCGCAAAGUACUCAAUAUAUCGCUGGCACCCGCGCAGUACAGCCUGGCAACGUUGACUGAUUCUCUCGGCCGAGUGCUAGUUUUUGAUCUGGAGAGUUGCGAAAUUAUCCAUAUGCUCAAGGGACUCCGUGGAAGCCAAUGUGCGUGGCUUGAGACCGAGUCCCCGGAUGAGACCAGUGACACUGCACAUGGUGAUGAUCGGGUUAGCCAACGCCGGCGGCGGAUGUUUAUUGUGGUUUAUGCUGGGAAGCGCGGUACUGUUGAGGUUUUUGAGCUUGGGUCCCUCGAGCGGUCGCUGGCUUCUGUUAGCGUGGGACUUGGGUGGAAGCUGGUUCAGUGCCCUACGCAGCCGCUGGGCGGGAGCCUGGUGGUUGGUUCAGCCGGCAGCGCUCGUCGGGCGGCGUUGCCCUCGCUUGCGUCGUGUAUGCUGCUGAACGAGAGUGGCCAUGCCGCUCAUAUACAAAUCAACAUUUAAUUUUUUGUAUUAAUAGAAUAUUUUAAACAAAAUAAAGCAAAAAAAGACAAGAAA